AUGUCUUCCUACCAAGGUAUAAGUCGCUCUAGAAGCGGGAAGGGGAAAAGAGAACGCGGCCCUACCGUGUUGGUUACGGACUCUCGCGAUUCCGCAUACAACCCCAGACCUGGCAAUACCCAAAAUACCCACUCCUCCCGCUUCAUAACCGUUGAUAACGUUCUCCAAUACACCUCGGAUAUCCCCUCCAUGCAACAGCGACAUCCGCCACCCGGCUUCCGGGGGCGACCUCGCUUGAGGCUUGGAGGGCCAGGGGCUCUAGCGGGUGCGACUGCAUCGACUGAUCUUGGGGGAUCCAGUGGCAUGGACUCGAGGAUGAGAGCGGUGGGGAGACUGGCAGCGGUACCACAUUUACCACCUCGGUCAACCAAAACAAGCGAAAAAUUGGUUUUACUUCCGGAAACAGUGACUGAGCAGGACGAGGGCGGGGAGGAUGAAGGAUUUGCCGGCGCUGUAGAUGAAGAGCGGGGGCCGCGGAUGCGACAACCUGUAUCCAAAGGAGCACGCCGGAUUAUUCCUAAUAGACAACAAAUGUCCCGCAAAACGCUUGGAGAUUUCGAUCAAGAUAACGAAGCUUCGCCACUUCUAGCGGAGGAGGAGCGUCUAAAACGCCGCCGUGUGCCGCCUGAAAGAGCUAAGAGCUAUGCGGAACGUUUGCCUAAAGCCCACCGCGCACAGAAGCUCCCUCGUGUGACGGCCUAUUGCACGGCGCAGGGUUACAAGAUCAGUUCUACUGCGGCGUUCGUGAAGGAAUACCACGGCGCGAGGACGAAGUUGUAUGACGACUGCUUGUAUACUGCAUAUCAUUUGCCACUGUUGCCGGGAAAGGAAGGAUAUAGAAUUCGGAGUAGUCCAAUUCUGAAAAGUGCUGGGGGUAAAGCCGUUUUGGAUGAGGAGAUUGAGAGGAAUGAGCGGAGGGAUUACCAUGAUGAAUACUAUGCGGAGGAGGAUGAACAUUCCGUCAAAGCCACUGGGUUUGACGAUGCAGGAGCUGAAGAGCGGACAACCCAACGUGAAGGUGAUGACGGUGAAAGACUAUCAGAGACAAACGGUGUAACAACCACCAAUGAUGAAGAACAGGGACAGAGAAGCCUGCCUGACAGUGCGAACAAGGAUGGUAACACACACAAUAUUCCCACAACGAUUUCCGCAGCCAGAAUCCCACCCAAUGCAUUGUCAUUUUCGGAAAUGUUCAUCUUCAGCUAUGGAGUUGUUGUCCUCUGGAACUUCACGGAAAGGGAAGAAAAAGAUGUCCUAGCCGAUCUUGCGUUCGCGUCGUCGGAAAGUGGGGGAGCUCCUAUCGCCCUUGCAACAGCGCCGUUGCCUGAGGAGGACUUUGAAACGGAAGAAUUUCAUUUCGAAUACUCUGAUCAGAUAUCUCGACCCCGUGUCUACAACGAUAUGAUCACAUUGCGCAGUGGAGACCAUAUGAUCAAGCUUGCCAUUAGCCACGGGAUAGCGCAGAGCACAAAGCUGAGCUUCUUCGAGGAGGUUAUGGCGAGACAGAUGGCUGAGGCCAAGGAUGUGCCUCGAAGGUUGGCAUUGACAGGCCACCUAGGAAUGAAAAGGGAGGAGGUAUUCCGCAUACUAGGAAAGCUUUUUAAGAGCAGAGUUGAGGUGAAUUUGUCAUCCAACAUGCUCGAUGUGCCCUCCUUUUUCUGGGAUAGCGAACCCACUCUUCAUCCCCUGUAUAUUGCCGUGCGGGAAUACCUAGAGAUCAAGCGCCGCAUUCAAGUCCUGAACGAGCGGUGCAGAGUUUUUCUCGACCUGGCCGAAAUCCUGUCGGAUUCUAUUGCGGAUAAUCAAAUGUCGCCUCAACCUUCCCACAUGUUACAAACGGCUGCGAGUCUGCAAGGCCGUCCGAAUAUUGCCAGUGUCAAUAAAACGCAUUUGAAGAUUUUACCUCACAUGUGA